AUGGAUCCCCCCUCGCCAGCACCGUCAAACCUGGGUGGAGUCCUCCAAUACGACCUGGAGCAGAUCGCACAGUACAACAACGCGACGUCGAAUCCGCGAGAGACGAUAGCCACGUACAGCCCGUACGACUCGCAGCCUCACUCGCGCUUCACCAGCCCGAUGCCCCAACAGAUGCAGUACGGCCACGGGACCCCCCUUACCCAAGAUGCCUACGGAAGCCCUUACCACUACCAGGAUUACAGCCCGACCCCGUACCCUGACCUGCCCUUACAACAGACCCCCAACCACUCAUACAGCACACCUGCAACAUCACCACCCACACCACCCACAUCAGCAUUAGCGUCAGGGGUAACAACACGCAGAGGGCGCGCCAUGUCGCGGCAGCAGAUGGACCACGACCCCCUGGGCGCACGAUCAACCCGUGUGGAGAAAUCGACGACGCCGCGAGCAAAACCCAAGGGCAAGAAGAAGAAGAAGAAGGCGGUGGGUGAUGAUGAGGAUGGUCUCGGUCUGGAGGCGCCAUUGUCGGUGCUGUGCAAGGACAUAACCCACAUCAAGGACACCGAUAUUGAAUCAUACGUGCAUCGGUCCAUCGAGGUGCGGCACGAGGAGGUGGAAAAUUCCAAAGAUCGCAAAAUAAAGCGGCCUAUGAACGCAUUCAUGCUGUACCGAAAAGCCUACCAAAACCGCGUCAAGGCGCUGCGGUCGCACGACAACCACCAGAUUGUGUCGAAGGUGUGCGGCGCCAGUUGGCCCAUGGAAUCAGACGAAACUCAGAGUCAGUUCAACGAGUGGGCCAAGACGGAACGCGGCAUGCACGCUGCAGCAUGGCCAAACUACCGCUUUACCCCUGCCAAGGCGAAAUCCAAGAAGAAGCCCGGUGCUCCGGGUUCCGACGAUGACGGAAGCGAUCUCAACGACUGGGACUACCAACAUGAGCCGUGGGAAGAGCGACUCACUUGGCCGAAUGGUCUCCCCCGGGCGCUCAGCGCAUCAGCGGUAGGGCCGCUAGCAACGAUCCAGAUGUGA